AGAUUUUGUUAAUAUGAUACAGCUAGAGUAGCUGUAUAAACAAUCAAAGACGUUUGCCUCGCUUUUGAAACGUGAUUCAAAGAUUGAUUGUUUCUUCUAUGUUUUAUCCUCUACUGAAGUGUAGAAAUACAUUUUAACAUCUUGGUAUUUCGCUUUGGAAUCUUGGUGAGUUUGGUUUCAAACGGAAAACUUAUACUGCAUGUGGUCAUGUGGGCACGCUUAAAAUUGUUGUUCCAUUGUAUAUCAAGCAAGAAUUGACGUCUAGUAUCAGACACUAUACUAUACUUAGUAUAGUAUAGUGUCUGAUACCUAUUGUUAAACAACCUAAUUGUCUAGUUGGAGCGAAUGCAGAAUACCCCGCAAUUUUUUAAGCUAUUCAUAGUUGCCAACUCUCACGGAUCCACUGUGAGCAUCACGGAUUUUACUAAAACCUCACGGUAAAUCACAGCUUGUUAAUAUCUCACGGAUUCUCACGGAUUUCGAAAAUAACCCAACUGGUUCUUAAAUAUGUUGGCUUUGUUGUACAUUUUAACUAUUAAGAGUGACUUCAUUUGCGUCAAUUGAUUACAUUUUUCUUGUGAAAAAUUCACGCUAUUUAAGCCAAACUGAAAAAUAAUCAAGACAUCGCUACAUGCAACCUCGUACUCGUGGGUAUUCAACAAUAUGGUUUUGUAUAUCUAAAUAAAAGCUACCAAAACUUGUGUGUAUAAGGUAUCGGAAGACUUUGAAAAUGCCAUUUCCAACGAUCUAGAGACUCCAUAUUUUCAAAAUUUUUCCGCUCCGCGCAAACCAAAGCCUUGUCGGCCCCCGAAAGCAAAAUCUCACAGAUGUUUUUUCCCGUGGCUAGGCCUUUCAUACGAUGUAUUAAUAUUUCUCAUGCUACAGUAUAUAGGUAGCUGUAUAUUUUAGUGGAUACGUGGAUACGCAGUGAGUUAGUUAUUUUUAAGAACGAGGCAUACAGUUAGUUUAGCAUUAAUAGAUCAAAUUGUCAUGCUAUAUUAUAUAUAGGUAGCUGUAUAUUUUAGUGGAUACGUGAUACGCAGUCGGCGAGUUAUUUUGAGAAUUCGAACGAGGCAUAUAGGUAGUUUAGCAUUAAUAGAUCAAAUUGUCAUGCUAUGGUAUACUUUAGUGGGUACGCAAUCAUGUGGCUACAUGAUUUAAAUUUAUUAGAAUAUCCGCUGACCAUUUUUGAUCGUUUAACUAUAAUGAUAAAAUUGACUGCGCCUAUAACAUGAGAAUUUGAUCUAUCAAUCUAUUUUUUAACUACUAUAGGAGUUACUGUCGCAAGGAAAUUGCUGCCUCGAUUGUGAAACAGAUAUGUAAAAUCACUUUAAUUAAUAUGGACUCUCAAUACACCAUAUAUCCAUGAUCAUCAAAACAUUUAUGUAAUAUAUAGUAGUUAUGUCUCAAUCAAUUCCAUGGAUGCCCAUCCCCCCCCGCCCCGGGCGUUUGUCGAGCAUUCUCAACUGUACUUGUUCCCAGGGUCAGGCAUUUGCUUUCUGCAGGUUAGCCCCGGGGGGGGGGGAUUUGCUCGAGGCUAAAAAGUCGAAUAUUUGUCGCUUGUUUCGCCAUUUAGCCGCAUUUUAGUACGCACGUUUACACGUGCGUGCGUAUUGCGAAUUAAUCAUGGCGGACAUACACACUUUAGAUUUUUUUCUUGUCCAUACUGUUGACACAUUGACUUAUUUCCGCAGUUUGACAUUGUUAUAUCAAGUUUUGAGACUUCAAUAUUUUAAUUAACAACGUUUUGAAACGAAAUGGCUGCAGAAUCGAUUUUACUGAAAUACAGAUAUAUUGAUACGAGAUAGAGCUUGCAUUCGAUUUUUUGGAUCAGAAAGCCUCAUAUAUUUUGUAACCUACGGGUGGGGCAUUUGCGUCAAUGUAAGUCACUGCUUCCUGUGCGUCCAGCAAGCAUAAUUAAUUUUCGUACCCCCGCCCCUGAAUUGCUGACAUAUAAACACAAAAAAUCGAGAUUCAAGCUAGUCUAUUAAACUCGGCGCGCGGUAAGGAGACUGGCACCGUCGAGAAUAGUGUGCUGCCUCGCUGAGGCUCGGCAGCAAUUAAUUAAGAAAAUUAUAUAUUAACACGUUCUGGCCGCGUAUUCAGUGAAAUAGUAGCUACAUGAUAUGAUAUUACUAGUGGACGGGUAUUCUGUAAUUUAGCCGUCUAAUUUACAUUUUGUGUGUGUGUGCGUGCGUGCGUGUAAAUUCUUUAAAAAUAAAUACUAAUAAUUUCUAAAAUUAUUGAAAUAUGGUCAUAUGAGAAAGAAACACGUCAGCUGAUGGGCAGCAUUUAUAUUCCUCUUGAUUAGAUGAUCAAGCAUUAUGACCCAUCCUCCCCUCUCCCUUUGGCAAAUUUUUGAAAUAAGUGGUUAAUUCUUGUAAACGGGAAUGCGCAAAUAAGUUGUACAAAGUGAAACAUGAUUCACUGUCAAUGAUAGGUGCAUCUGAGCUCGAGAGGCAUAAAUUAACAUGCGCACGUAUUUUGCUUGAGUUCGUAUUAAUAACUAUCAGUCAAAUAAUGAUUAAUAACUAUCAGUCAAAUAAUGAUUAUAAAUAUGAUAUGUAUCCUUUCAGGUUUGUACGGGUUUGAGCUCAGAAUUCUUUGUGCCAUAAUGAGAGCGGUAAAGUUAGGUAGGAAAGCCAUGCUUGGUACUCCUCUGGCCUACCACUGGGCAGUGAGUGUUGGCAAUACCUGGUAUGAGAUUGAAGGUAAGGGGGAAAACAAGAGAAAUUCUGUUGGAACUAGUCAUGGAUUUGCUGCCGCUAGUUCAGCUGGGGCACUUGGUGGUGAGCUGGUCGGAGAGACAGAUGCCACUGAUAGCGAAAUCGAUGCUUGGAUAGAGGAGUGGAUCAGCAGAAACCCAGAUUACCAGCCCUUUUUGGCAAAUUGUCAAAAGUUUGCCUAUGAAUUUAUGGAUUGGUUAACUAAAGGGAACUUUAAUGUGUCCCAUCGAUUCAAUGCCGCACAUGCAAACCUGCACUUGGAGGAAAGAAAGGGAUUGAAAAGCUUUGCCAGAGCAGAAGAUGGAAAUGCUAUUGCCAGAUACACCACUUCUGAGGUCCGGAAAAGUGCUGGAGUUGUCAGUCUGUCUGGCAGAUCGAUACAUGCGCAGGCGCAAGCUGUUGCUGGGCCAGGUUUCGGAGCUUGGGCAGAUGCUUCAGGUUUUAAACUAGAAGCAGCAUAUGGAAAUGUGGUAGGUGCUCAUAUUGAACCCAAUUUGAACACUGGAGCUGGCAUCCGUAAUGGAAACCUGGAUGUUCAUCUUGCGGGAUUUGGUGGUAAAAUUGGUGCUGAUGGUAUAGAACUGAACACUCCACUUGGAGGGGUGAAUGCUUGCAGCAUGAUGUAAUAACCAACAUUAAUUUUAAAAAAAUAAUCAAUUUGUAAUGAUCAAAAUUGUGAUUAAAAAGUGUUCGGUGAUUGUUCUCAUAGUCUUGAGAGCAGUGUUUUUAGUGUUUUUUAUUGGUUGACCCAUUGAUCUCAGUGAAUGUUGAGUUCUCUUGAGUUUCAUCGUCUUCAUCUUUUUUCCGAAUAAUAAAUCAUCUC